AUGCAAUCUGUUUUUGAAAUCCUGGAUACAAUCAUUGGAAUGGUUCUUUUCGCCGGUAUUAUGGGUAGUGUUGGUGAUUUGGUAGCCAAAGCGAACAAAGUGAAAGCGGACUGGCAGCAAAGAAUGGAUGGCCUUAAGCAGUUCAUGACAUACAGGAACUUGCACGCCGAAUUUCAGCGCCGUGUUCUGAAGUAUUGCGAGCAUGAAAUGGCUAAGCAGGAAAAAAUGACCGAAUUGGAAAUGCGAGAAUGCCUUCCGCCGAAACUCUAUACCAGAAUCAACAAGUACAUGCAGUGGUCUAUACUUGCCAACUCGCAACUCUUUGAAGGUUGUGAAUUGGCCUUCCUCAAAGACCUCGUAGCUCGUCUUGAACCAAUGGAAUUUGGGCCUGGGGAUGUCAUUUGCGCUCGAGGAGAGUUGAACAAGGCAAUGUACAUAGUGGCCUCUGGCAAUUUGAAGAUCACUGACCUCAGCUGUGUCACAUUGAAAACUUACAGUGAAGGUGACAUUGUUGAAGAUCGGUCACUUAUUUGGCUUCCACACAAUCGCUUCAAGAAUAGACGAAGGCACAACGUUGUGUCCGUCGGGUAUUCGCAGAUAUACAUUCUUUUUCGCGAUGACUUCCUCGAAGUAUUAGAAGACUAUCCUGAUUGCCGCAAGAAAAUACGGGUCCACGGUAAGGAUAAAGAUUAA